GUGACCUUGCUGCGCCGGUUUGAAAUGCCGCAGCGUGACGUGUGGCUUGUUCCAGGCCGACGUUGGGAAGCGAGCUUUGAAGAACGGUUUUCAAAAGCGCCUUCUCGCCUCCCACCUUUUUCUCUGACACUUAAACAGCCACUUUGUGCAUUGUUCUCUGAAACACAAUGGCAUCUUCGUCACAAGCAGAACUAGCCAGCGUAGCCUUGGAAAAACCGGUAGAAACCGCAGAUCCGUCACGAUCGUCAACUGUCGACGUGGAAACUUCUGCACCACCUCAGUCAGCCGACCCACCAGCUAAGUCUGAAGAACCAAUUGCUGCACGAAAAUCGAAAAAGAAGUCGAAAAGCAAAAGAAAGAAAAUAUCUACAGCGCACUUGACGGUGAUCCAACAACAAAUGGAGGAUCUGGCAUCACAGUUGCGUCAAGCGGAAGAAGCCCGCACAAAAGUAGAAGCGGGAGAAAAAAUUACUGAGCAAGAACAAGUGAGCAUUGAUAAACGAUCGGCCACAUCAGCAGCGCUCGAGCAGUUACAAGCUUUAUAUGCCAAGUUGAGCUCACCUGAUAUGCUGGGGGAUACAGCGAGUAAGAAAAAAGAAGAAGAUAAAAAAGUCGCCAGCACAUCGAAACGGAGUCCGGAGUACGAGCAGCAACGGUCGUUAACAUUACUGCAUUUCUUCUACAUCGUACGACUCGCUCAACAGGGUUUCUUCACGAUUAUCUCCAGCGUUUAUCCUCGAUUAGAACCCCUCGCUAUUGUUCAUCUUUGUGAUAAACUGGUGGGCGGUUCAUUAUUUGCUGCCAAGGAUCUUUCGGAAGAAGUCCGAUUGAGCAAACGCAAAGAAGUAUUUUCACUGUUACGCAAACUGAACGACGGAGUUGACGAGCCUAUCGACGAAGGUUUUGUCACCACUUUCCGUGAGAUCCGUGAAAUCAUCCAUCACCUUAUCGACAAUUCACUGGACGCGUCAUCCGAUCCACAAAGGGCCGGAUGGACCCAGCGUAUGCCCACACCACAAUCGUCAACGCCAUCUUCGCAACCGUUACUGGUCGUCGUACCUUACAACAGUAUGAUCGAUACCUCUUUAUUACCGAUACAAGCACCCUACGCUUCCGCAUAUGUAAAUUCAGGAGCCUUUAGCGACUACUACGGUAAAGUGAAAAUUCCGCAUAAAAUCAUGCAACAAAAGAGGGCAAGGUGCUGAUAUCAGUGAUUCUUUGUAAUGAUAGAUCCGGUAGAUAGCGUGCAUCCAGAAUCUAGUGCGCCUAUCAAAGAACCAUCUUCUUCUCCGGGAUCAGAGCUGGUCCAAGAAACAGCAUCCGUGGCCGAUAAAGAGCCAUCAUUAAAAG